CAGAGUAAACAAGUGUCACAUAUUCCCCUGGGAAUCAGAGGACAUCAGGAGCAAUCCACCUGAGAGUUAAACCUAGGGAUUAAACAUAACAUUUACGAGAUACUCUGUCCAAGGAAUUAUCUUUUGUUUCAAGGCAUGGAGAAACGUCUGAUCCUCAGUGUUCUCUUGGUGGUGCUGUCCUGGGAAUGUAUGCCCACCUAUGCUGAGGCAAACAGUACAGUCACACCAGAUAGCAACGCAACAUACAGCAACGGAACAACAGAAGCACCACAUGCCAAUAUAACCACCUCGGCUAAGAACACAACUACAGUGGCACCAACCAACAUCACCGCUACAGCGGCACCAACCAACAUCACCACUACAGCAACAUCAGUUGUGGAAAGUAUUUCUCGGCAAGAAUGUGGCUCCUUAAAGCUCUGUGUAGAUACACCCUCAAAGUGUGAUCCUGCCUCUGGAGACUGCUAUUUCCUUUCUGCCAAGAAACAAAGUAACCAAACGUACAACUUUGAGCUCUCAGGACAGACAGAGGGCUACAUUGCUGCUGCUCUGUCAACUGAUGCAAAUCUGAAUGACAGUAAGAUAGUCUACAUCUGUGUGAACCACAAUGGUGAUGUGCAUUUCUUUACUGGCUUCUUCAAUAAUCUUGUACCAAAUAAGCUGAACGAAAACAAAAUGCACGGAUCCGUCAACUCAAGUAAAAUCCAGUGUACAUUUAUAGCUGAUCUACCCGACACAGAAAAGCGAGCAGCACGUUACGCUAUCGGUAUUUUCACUGGACCUUACAAUUCCAGUACUGGGGAGCUGGGACAAUCAAAAUCCAAAACUCAAACGACUGUCGUAGUAGAGCUGUCAGACCCUACCAGCAAUUUGAUUGACAACAGCGCUUCCUUUGUUUAUCCGGUCACACACACACAUUCAUUCUUACCAGUUCUGCUGGCCACCAUGUGUUUGCUGGCAGGGUGAAGCAACUGAUGUCCACCGUGCCCAAAGAAAGCCGUAAAGUUCCUAUCAGUUGCCUCCUGUGAACAGUUUGCCUUAGUUUGGUAGGACUCAUUUUGUACUGAGUCGUUAUUAUUUGACAAAACAAAAAAAAAAAAUAAAUAAAGUUUGUUUAAAUUUAAAACCCUUUGUUUUAAGGGUUUUGAGUUUGUGCUUCUGAAACUAAAAGCGAAAUAAAGUCAAAUGCUUCUUUUUAUUAGCAUAAAAUUAUUUACCCACGGGAAUGUUGGAACUCUGCUCUGUCGUAUGAAUUAAACAUAAAAUCUAUUUUACUGGACUACACAUGAAGAAAAAAAAUACUUUUUUUAAGAGUUACAAAGCAAGUUUGUGUGAUUUUUACCAGCAUAUCAUCAUGCGUAACAGCUUUGGGGUUUUAUGGUCUGAUUACCUUUAAAGCCUACUUCACUGGUGCGUGUUAAAAAUGUUCUAAUCUGACUUCUUUUUAUAUUAUAUUAUUAUUUUAUUGUUAUGGUGGUGUUAUUAGCUGUUCCUGAAUUAUGAAGUCUUUGCUGACUGAUGUGUAUGGACGUGUCAACACAAGGCGGAUACUAAUUAUGGUACCAUAUGUUGGUGAAGGUAACAAAAUUAAUAAAUAUUUUACUAUGUAUUUUUAAUCUUAGUAUGUCUACAUAUAUGUACAGAGGUUUAAUAAAUAUGUAUUUCUGAAGGCAA